AUGAUGCUUACAGCUCAACCAAGAUCCACUGCCCUCAGCUCAGAAAUCCAACAUGUCCUUACCGCCCGGGCACCGGAGAUCAUCACCAGCGGCCGGAGGAAAUUCAUGUCAAAAAGAAGUAUAUUACAAGAUAAAGCUUUGAUCCAAAGUGGGAAUAACAAAAAGACUGUGGAGAAAUCUGCUGAGGAGAGUAAAUUGGUUUCUUCUGGCAAAAGUGGGAAUCUUGAUGUGAAAGCAGUGAUUACUUUGAGGAAGAAAAUGAAGGAGAAAAUGAGAGACAAGAUUGAAGAUCAGUGGGAGUCUUUAAUGAAUGGGAUUGGACUGAAGCACACUUUUAACUAA